UUGGGCGAGUCGCGUCCUCCGGAGAGCGGGCCCCACCUCCGUGUGACGGCCGCACCGGGAAUUGGCGGCGGCGCUGCAGCCAUUUCCGGUUUCGGGGAGGUGGGUGCGGUGCGGAGCGGGAGUCGGAGCUGCCGCCGCUGCUUACAGAGCCUUCCUUGCGCCUGGUGCUGCCCGUAAGAUGCGGCCGGAACCGGGAGGCUGCUGCUGCCGCCGCCCAGCGCGCGCGAACGGCUGCGUGGCGAACGGGGAAGUGCGGAACGGGUACGUGAGGAGCAGCGCCGCCGCCGCCGCCGCUGCCGCCGCCGCCGCCGCUGCCGGUCAGAUCCAUCAUGUUACAGAAAAUGGAGGACUAUAUAAAAGACCAUUCAAUGAAGCUUUCGAAGAAACGCCCAUGCUGGUUGCCGUGCUCACAUAUGUGGGUUAUGGGGUGCUUACCCUCUUUGGAUAUCUUCGGGAUUUCCUGAGGCACUGGAGAAUUGAAAAGUGUCAUCAUGCAACAGAAAGAGAAGAACAAAAGGAUUUUGUGUCAUUGUAUCAGGAUUUUGAAAACUUCUAUACAAGGAACCUCUACAUGAGGAUAAGAGACAACUGGAAUCGACCAAUCUGCAGUGUGCCUGGAGCCAAGGUGGACAUCAUGGAGAGACAGUCUCAUGACUACAACUGGUCAUUCAAGUAUACAGGGAAUAUAAUUAAAGGUGUUAUAAAUAUGGGUUCCUACAACUAUCUUGGAUUUGCACGAAACACUGGAUCAUGUCAAGAAGCAGCUGCCAGGGUCCUAGAGGAGUAUGGCGUUGGAGUGUGCAGUACUCGGCAGGAAAUUGGAAACCUGGACAAGCAUGAAGAACUAGAGAAGCUUGUAGCAAGGUUUUUGGGAGUAGAAGCUGCUAUGACAUAUGGCAUGGGAUUUGCAACAAAUUCAAUGAAUAUUCCUGCUCUUGUUAGCAAAGGUUGCUUAAUUCUGAGUGAUGAGCUAAACCACGCAUCGCUGGUUCUAGGAGCCAGACUGUCGGGGGCAACCAUUCGAAUCUUCAAGCACAACAAUAUGCAAAGCCUAGAGAAGCUAUUAAAAGAUGCCAUUGUUUAUGGUCAGCCUCGGACACGAAGGCCCUGGAAGAAAAUUCUAAUUCUUGUGGAAGGAAUAUAUAGCAUGGAGGGGUCUAUUGUUCGCCUUCCUGAAGUGAUUGCCCUCAAGAAGAAAUACAAGGCAUACUUGUAUCUGGAUGAGGCUCACAGCAUCGGCGCCCUGGGCCCUAAAGGUCGAGGUGUGGUAGACUACUUUGGCUUGAAUCCUGAGGAUGUGGAUGUCAUGAUGGGAACGUUCACAAAGAGCUUUGGUGCUUCUGGAGGAUACAUUGGAGGCAAGAAGGAGCUGAUUGACUAUUUGCGCACACAUUCUCACAGUGCAGUGUAUGCCACAUCUCUGUCACCGCCUGUGGUGGAGCAGAUCAUCACCUCUAUGAAGUGCAUCAUGGGGCAGGAUGGCACUAGCCUUGGCAAAGAAUGUGUGCAGCAGUUAGCCGAGAACACUAGGUAUUUCAGGAGACGACUGAAGGAGAUGGGCUUCAUCAUCUAUGGAAAUGAAGAUUCUCCAGUGGUGCCUUUGAUGCUCUACAUGCCAGCCAAAAUUGGCGCCUUUGGACGAGAGAUGCUAAAGCGAAACAUUGGUGUAGUUGUGGUAGGAUUUCCUGCUACCCCAAUUAUUGAGUCCAGAGCCAGGUUUUGCCUGUCAGCAGCUCAUACCAAAGAAAUACUUGAUACGGCUUUAAAGGAGAUAGAUGAAGUUGGGGACCUGCUGCAGCUGAAGUAUUCCCGCCACCGGCUGGUGCCUCUACUGGACAGGCCCUUUGAUGAGACCACAUAUGAGGAGACAGAAGACUGAGCCUUUCUGGUGCUCCCUAGAAGAACUCUCUCACCAAGGACAGUGUGGCCUUUCUGAGCCAGUUCCAGGAACCACACUUCUGUGGCCAUCUCACAUGAAAGACAUUUCCUCAACUACUGAAGGUGGCCACCUCUGCUCUAAGUGGCAUUUUGUAAAUAGUAAAAACAAAAACUGCUUCACAUCCUUUCUUUGCUAAAAACCACCUUAAAAAAAAAAAAAGUGAUUCACUUUGUCCAUUAAAAACAUGUUUUAUUUUAUAGCUCUUCUACUUGUGAAGUCAUGCUGGCUCUUGCCUGUCUGGCUAACCACCCAGGCUUUGCCCUCUCUAGCACUUUGCAGGCUUGGGUCCAGCAAGGUUUGCUGCUGGCCCUGGCUCUCCAGCCAAGAGACUCCCCCGGCCCUCCUCCCCCUGGGAGCAAGUGCCUUCCACAUUUUUCCCUCCAGGUCUUUGAGGCUGCCCACCUUGAAAUCCUUAUUUAACUGGUCAAGUAAUCAACCAAAGUCAUAACUUUAUUCAUAAGUUUAGCCUUUUAAGAAAAACAGUAAACGAUGAUAGUGCCAACUGUGUAACUGGUGGGGGGCUCCGAAGACCUUGAUCUUAUUCCAUUUUUUGUUCUGGUUACCAGAUGAUUUUUUUUCUUUAUCUAAUAUUUCUUCAUAUGGUCACAGUCUGAGAGUGUGUCCAAAUUCUAAGUGCUUUUUCGUGCUUUCAAACUCUAACCCUGACAUCUCCCACCUCUUACUGAAAACACACAUCAUUUUGGAGGCCCAAUUCCUGCCUAGUCAGGCCUGUCUGAUGAAGGUGAUGGACUCCUCCUCACUGAUCACCAUGUUGUGAAUGAGGCUGCUCCAUGGUGAAGGCUCUGCUGGCAGGUGGUGUGGCAAGAGUUGGUACCUCCAGGAUGGUUGUGGUUGGGUUUCUGCCUCCUUUCUACUUUUCAAAAUCAUGACAGCCUCUGACUGGGCCUGGGACCAGAUUAGGAUUUAAACUGAUAUAGGAAAAUGUUGGUCAAUCCUUGCUCAGAAAUCAUUUAUCAUGUUUCUAUUUCAGGAUUAAAGUUAUUAAUUUAACCCUUUUAGAAGCUGACCCACUUAAAAUUACUCUUUUGAAUUCUAGUUCUUUUAUUUUUGAUGUCCUCAAACAAUUUUAACCUGGCUUAUGGAGCUAGAUUUUCCCUGUGCUUCCAUUGUAUAGAAUUUUCUUUUUUCUGAGAAAUUCUAAUAGGAAAUCAGAUCUAUUAUAUUUCUGAGAAAUUCUAAUAGGAAUCUGAUCUAUUUCCUAAACUGGAAUAUCCCCUAUUUUGACUGUUUUCAUACUGUAACCAGGUAAGGGAACUUCUUUCAGAAAGCUUUAUACUGCUUGACCAAAGAACAUACCUGAGAAUCACCAUUUUAAAGUUUUUAAUUUUUCUUCAACCAAAGCUCAAGUGAAGAGAACAUUUGGCUUUAUUGUACCCAAAAUCAGUUUAUCUUUUAGUAGCCAUCAAGUAUUAUAGGAGAAGGAUUGGGAACAGAAUGAAAAAACAGUGGAUGAUAGUUGUUUUGCAGAUCUGAUUUUGAAAUUGCUCCUUUUAUUAGUAAAGAUUCCCAGUCCACAUCCUGUGUCUCCCCAUCAGCUGUGGCAUGUUGUGCAGAUGCACGUGGUGGAAGAUAUCAGCAACGUCGUCGUUUGUGCAGUUUUGUUUUCAUGUCCCAAGUGUAAGUUAUCUUUGGUCAUUCAGUGUCUGAGAGCUUUAAGCCCUUGCGAUAUUCCAAAGUUUUAUAUCACUUUUUUUAGAAAACAGACAAGGGUGAAUAAAAGAACUAAGGAGAGAUGCAGGGAAUAUAUUUAGCAUGUCCAAGUUAAAGUAAAAGAAAGACUACGGUGACUAAAAUAACUUGCCUGUAAAAUUAAGUACAUUGCUAACCUUUGCUGCGCAUCUAAUUCCCCACUCUAGAAUUGGUCUGCAAUACCAGAUAGCUUUUGCAUUGCAGUUACUAAUUAAAGAUGUAGGUGUAGGGUUUGCAGAAGUCACAAACUUUAAUCAAUGAACUUAUCCGCUAGUCUUUUUUUUUAUUUUGGCUUGCACAAAGUUACUGCAAAUUAAAAUGUCAGUAUGGGCAUUUAAAAUUAUAAACACACAUGUCACUUUGUUGAUGAGAAGUUGUUUCAGGAUAAAUGUAAUUAAGAGUUUAUUUUGAAGAGACAAAAUUCCUGUGAUCUAUCCAGGAUCUUUGUACUUUGUAGAGGACAAAAUGUUAUAUGUAUAUUGCAUGUGGCUGGUUGUCUCUACUUAAUUGUAAUAUAAAUUUGGGGGGUCCAGUUAUAUCCUACAUAUCAUUAAUUAUCCAACUUCUUGGGGAAGUACAAGGGUAUAUAAAUACAGUCAUACUCAUUGAGAAUGAUCACAAAUCUGGGAUAAGCAAAUAUUGUUUAGUACAAUUUGACAUGGCCUGAUGCAAGAAUCUGGUGGGAUUGAAACUGGCCAUGGUAGCACAUGCCUAUAAUCCAAGCUACUUGGGAGGCUGAGGUGUAAGGAUUCCAAGUUUAAGAUCAGCGCGGACAAUUAGCAAGACCCUCUCAAAAAAAAAAAAAAAAUUAAGGGGCUGGGGGUCUGUCUCAGUGGUAAAUGCCCCGGAUUCAAACUCUAAUACCACACACACACAGAAAAAAAAAA